AUGACCGACAUCCGCCGAUCACGAUCAAAUACGUCAAUGUCUACUAGAAGUAAUCGCCCUCUUUCUCGCGCGUCGACGACGAGCGUACAUUCAUUCGAGCAAUUCCAGCAACCACAACAGCCGCGGCCCAGCCACUUUCCCCAACAACCACAGUACCAUGCUCCAUUCACGACCAGUGAAGCACUACAGCCUGCUCUGCUUCAGGCUGCACAACAAGUUAGCGCGCAGGACCAGCUUAUCAACAUGAGUUUGGAGAGUGUCCAGCAGUACCUUGGCUACCCAGCCGACCCGACCGCGAGCCACCCCCAAUCGAGCGCCCAGCCCGCACAGCCAGACCACCACGCCUACCAGAAUUCCCUCUCCCAACAUUCACAGCAUUCACAGCAACACAGCUUCAUGGCGCCACCGAUGGAUACCGAAGACAAGAAGAAGAGGCCGUCAACCUCAGGCGCAGCUACCAAUGAUAAGGAACUGCGUCAGCUGUUGAACCAGAAUGAAGGCCGUAACCUGAAGGAGGUUGCAGCUGAGGUUAUCCAAAAUGAUCGAACAUCCAAGGCAGAAAAGUCUAAACAGCUAUUCGCCAUGUUAUGGUUACAGUCCGUCUGUCGUGUCGCGAAGACAUCGGUCCCACGCAACCGCGUCUACUCCAAGUACGCAGAGCGCUGCGGUACUGAUCGCGUUAUCCCCCUGAAUCCGGCGUCUUUUGGCAAGCUUGUUCGCGUCAUUUUCCCUGGUAUUCAGACUAGGCGCCUCGGUGUUCGCGGAGAGUCCAAGUACCACUACGUCGAUCUUGAGCUCAUCAACGACAACGAUAACGGUGAAGAGGCACGUCGGGGCAGCAACGGUCCUGCUGCGCACCAUGCCUUGAAGCGUCAGGCUUCAGGGACACCGAGACUCAAUAUGGAUGCCAUCCCACGACUACCUGCAGACAGCGCACAGUUUCCUCCACGAGAAGCACGUGUGGAGUCACAGAGUAGCUAUUACACUCCGGCCUCAUCGCGCGGCGUUCUAUUUACCGACAUCUACUCGUCUCAGUUCCACCCUUCGCAUACACGUACCAAGAUUUCGUACGAGCACGAGCUCAAGUUCCCAACAGCAGACAUCCUCGAAGCCCCUGAUGCAUUCGUGGUGGAGUUGCCGGAUAUCAAACCAUACUUACCAGCACGCACCGAUCCCGAUUCUGCCGACAACCUUGUUGCUAUGUACCGAUCGCAUGUUGUCUCGUUGGUGGACUCAGUGCGCUACUGCAAGGAGAAGCAAUUCUUCCGCCUCUUUGGUACUUUCCAUGGGACAUUGACUGUACCGGUGCAGAAGCUCUUUGCUUCGCCCGAACUGGCGCCGUGGAUCAAGGAGUGCGACUGGAUGAUGUACCAGAAGAUGAUCCGCAAUGUCUCUCAGCUGACUCUCCAAGUGGCGCCGCCGCCAGUUCUGAAAUUCCUCGACAACGUUGCGAAGACGUUGCACGCACACAUUACUGCCAAGUUCGCGUCCCUCCCCGUACAUGUACUUGAGGCAAAACUUGAACCUGCUACACUGUUCGCCCACCUUCUCCGACAGAUGCUCCGCGUCAAUUCCGCUGCGCACGCGGCAGCCGUCAUGCUCACUGCAGAGAGCCACCGCACUCAGAUGUUUGCCGACUGGCUCCAACACGUUAACAUCAAACGCAUCAUUGCGAAUGAGUUACCUGCGUCUUGUGCACACGAAGAAGUUUACAACAUCCUAACCACUGAGAUCCGAUCGAUGCUGGGUCCCCUCCCACAGGAGAUCCAGCUGCCUUCUGGUUCGAUACAUCGUGCAGCGUACCCUGACCCACCCGCCGAUCCAUCAGAAUCAGUUAUUGAUCGCAUCGCCGCUUUUCUAACACGUCUACCAUCCCGCUUCCCUGGUGCACACGCUCGUACAAUAAUGCACUGCAUUAGUGCACUUGGUUCAGCUGCCAUACGGGAGAUCACUGUCGAGAAUGGCAUCAGUUUCCAAGGUUGGUGGCUUACCAAGGUCUUCGUGGACGAAAUGGCACAAUGGUUAGCAUCGAUAGGUGGUUUCCUCGGUCAUGCACCGCCAGACUGGAGCUCCUCCAACUACUCGCCUGUAAUUGGUGAUUCUCUCAAUGCCACCAUGACCAACGGCGGCAGCGGUAGCAACAACGAAAGCCGGUAUAGCAGCUUGGAAGCCGACUUCGGCCCAGAUCAGUCUUUCAUCUCCAACGCUAGCCAUGUCACAAUCCAGGAUGCCGGGUCAAAUCAGGAAGUCAAUGCUGGACGAUUUGCUCAACCAUCAUCACAAUACAACAUGAGCUUUCAGUACGAGUACGACAUGAAUCCUUCACAACAAGAGCCGAACCACGACGAUAGUGGCAUAGGUCUUGGCCUUGGUGUACAGGAAGACGGUAUUGACGCCAAGUUUGCGUCACAUCUAUCUUCAGCACUCUCACAGAGCGUCAGCUAG